AAGGAUUGAGCCAGAAUGUCAGCUAGAACAUCCUUUUUGGUCGGAAUGACAAGAGUGAGCGUUCCCAAAAAGGUAAGACAACACGCAAUGGCAAAAUUCGAAUGCCAGGCCUCAGUUUUAGUCCACUCUCCCACCCUGCUCAUCAGUCCCCAAUUUUGCCCGUCGUUUCAACUUCAAACUUGUUUUCACCGCCGCCGUCGUCGUCGAGCCCGACGACGUUGACGACAUAUUCGUUUACCAUCGGGCCCUGUAUACGGGGUCGAAGCGCCUUCACCUUCGGCUCUGCUCCCACGAGGCUCUUUCCGUCGUGGCAGGCGCUAUUUUCCUGUUUUCUCCAUCCCAUCGUUUUACACCUGUAAUUUUACCAGUGGCCCUUCCCGUUAUUGGCCAUGUCGCUCAGCCGGAUUCUCAACGACGAACCUUCGCCUGCCCUUUCCGCUAGGUCGGCUUUCAACACUCCCUCGCGCAGUAUGCCAAUCGACGCUGUGCAAAGAGAUAUACCGUCUCCGUCUGCUUUUCCCAAUGCAUCUCCUCGGUCUCAGUCCCGAAUGUCUGAUUCCUAUCGCAAUGCGCCUCCUCUUCCACGGAUUCACGGUCGUUCACUAACUAACCAUGACCAAGCAGACCUUUGGGAUCCAUACCUAGUACCACACCCGAGGAACAGCAUGGCUGCUGGUUCCAGUUCUGUGCGUUCCGAACCUGUCGACCGUGAACGCGACAUCCACCGAUCCGCGUCUCCAGACGGCCAAGUUCACCUUUCGGGUAGUGGGGUGGAGAGAGAUUCUGUGCCCAGGAAGCGUCACAAGGGCGACGACGACGACAGCGAGUACCGAGUUGCUGACGAACGACGCCAUCAGCUGUUUAACUCAGCAAACCGGCCCCAGGAUAUUCACCCGGAUACACUGUCGAACUUGAAUUCCCCUGCUCGGCGUCUCAAUGAGGAUGUCAAACCUCGACCAUCAAAACACAUGAAUGAAGAGGAUAGACUUGCAUCUUCUGAUCUUUCAGAUUGUGAAGAAGUGUGGAUUGGAGAGCUGAGCGAUUACAUCCUGGAGACGCAAAAGCGCUUUAAGCAAGUCGAGCAAUGGUUCAACGAAAGCACUAGAGAUCGGACCGCCAAAACGGCCGAAGAUAUGUCCCAUUAUUAUUCACGAAAAAUCGCCAAGAUCCCGAUGCCUCCACCUUCGCCUCCACCCAUGCUAGCUCCUCCAGAUAGUCCACGUUUCAAUGGUUACGAAUAUCCGGAUGUCCCCAUUCAAGAGACAUCAGACCGAGACAACCUGUAUAUGUCUCCAGGCCCGGACAUAAAUAACACACCGGAGCCUCAUCAGUCAAUAAGACUGGGCAAAGGGAAGGAGCGUGCCAAACGGCAUGCGUCGGGGGCCAUGUCUGAUGAAAGCAGCGAGUUAUUCGCUCCCACAUCACGAGAACGGGGCCAUGCUAGCAAAAAGAGGAAGCUGGAGCCGUCAGCGAUUGAUAUUCCAGAUGCUGCAGUGGAAUCGUCAGUUAUUGAUGAGACCAUUUCGUCAGCAAUCGCCUCAAAAGCUUCUGCGAAGGGCAAGGGGAAGGCAAAGCAACAGGCUCAACCCGCCCAAAUAGAGAUUAGCGAGAGUGCUUCCACCAACAUUAAGCCUCCGCGUAAAAAGCCUGGCCCCAGGAAGAAAGCGCCUUUUGCUCCAGACUUGGAACUGGAAUUGGCAUCGCAUCCCCCUUCCAUUGCUGGAGAUGCUACGCCUUCUGUAUCCUACUCAAGACCUUCUUCGCCAGCACCUACGAAUUCAACUGUUAUCUUUGAACUCGACGAGGAGAUACCUCCUCUGAAGAAAGCGAGAAGAUUAGAUGAUGGUGCUAUGGUUAAACGGGUCAAAGCUCUCGAAGAUGCACAACGUAAAGUAUGGACGAACAUUGCUAGAAGAGAUGUUGCCAAGGUGUAUAAAUAUCAUGCAUUGGGCUAUCAAGCUCGAGUAUCUCAGUCGGAAAGAAUAGCUAAACUGGCUUCUAUCCAGGCGCGCAAACCGUAUACGAAGACCCCCAAGGGCGUCAAGGACACGCAAGCCAAAGCCAAACGACUGAUGCGUGAGAUGCAGGUCUUCUGGAAAAAGAAUGAGCGCGAGGAGCGAGAUGUCCGGAAGCGUGAACAUAAGGAAGCGAUGGACCGACUGAAGAUGGAGGAGGAGAAACGAGAGGCAGCACGACAAGCGCGAAAACUUGAGUUUUUGAUUAGUCAGACCGAACUCUACAGCCAUUUCGUUGGAAACAAGUUGAAGACAUCUGAGAUGGAAGGUGAAUCAAGUAGUGAGCCUCCUCCUGCCGGCGCCGAUCUUGAGGACAUCAAUCCUGAGACUCUUGGAGACAUCAACUUUGAUGACGAUGAUCAAUCUAAUAUGUAUAGACAUGCAAGACACAACGCUCAAGAGGCUAUCGCUCUCGCCAAGCAGAAAGCACAGGAAUUCGACGCCCAUGCUGCUCGGGAACGCAAAAACAACGAGGCGAACCAAAUUGUGAAAGGCCAGUCACAAGAUCCGACUGAUGGUGAAGCUGAAGUCGACGGGGAAACAGGGACGUCAAGUGCCCCGCUUCUAGACCUUGACUCCGACGAACUCAAUUUCCAAAACCCCACAUCUCUCAGCGGGCAGCUUACUAUCGGGCAACCGAAGAUGUUAAUGGCUCAACUGAAAGAGUAUCAGCUCAAGGGCUUGAAUUGGUUGGCAACGUUGUAUGAACAAGGUAUCAACGGCAUCCUUGCUGAUGAGAUGGGUCUCGGAAAGACUGUUCAAUCGAUUUCUCUCCUUUCAUAUUUGGCCGAAACUCAUGAUAUCUGGGGACCGUUCCUUGUGGUGGCCCCUGCUUCAACUCUGCACAACUGGCAGCAGGAAAUCACUCGUUUUGUUCCUCGAUUAAAAGCGUUGCCUUAUUGGGGAAAUGUCAAGGACCGCGCCACUCUUCGGAAGUUCUGGAGCAAGAAAGAGAUAAGCUACAAUCAGGACGCGCCGUUUCAUGUUCUUAUUACGAGUUACCAGCUGGUUACUCAAGAUCAGCAGUAUUUUCAGCGUGUUAAGUGGCAAUACAUGAUACUGGAUGAGGCGCAAAACAUCAAGAAUUCUUCCAGUGUUCGAUGGAAAACUUUACUGGGCUUUCAAUGUCGAAAUCGACUACUGCUUACAGGAACUCCAAUACAGAAUUCCAUGCAAGAGUUGUGGGCUCUUCUGCACUUCAUCAUGCCGAGCUUAUUCGAUUCUCACGACGAGUUCAAUGAAUGGUUUUCCAAGGACAUUGAAAAUGCCGCAGAAAACAAGGGGAGCAAAUUGAAUGAGCAUCAGCUGCGACGACUACACAUGAUCUUGAAACCUUUCAUGUUACGCCGGGUGAAGAAGCACGUCCAGAACGAAUUGAGCGAGAAGAUCGAGGAGGAUAUAUAUGUGUCCUUGAGCGCGAGGCAACGUUCAUUAUAUAAAGCCCUGCUUGCCAAAGUAUCUGUGGCCGACCUCAUUGCAAAGGCGGCCAACAUUGGGGACGCAGAUUCUGCGCGAACCUUGAUGAAUCUCGUCAUGCAGUUCCGCAAGGUUUGUAACCACCCAGAACUGUUCGAAAGGGCCGACGUAGUUGUACCUUUCUCCUUUUCAAGGUUUGGGCGAUCCGGACCCCUUUCGCGAGAUGGCGACUUCAUCAACUUGCCGUACUCAACUCACAAUCCAAUUGAGUACACCGUCCCAGAUCUUUUGUAUCGACAUGGAGGCAUACUGGAUGUACCCUCGGACGCCUCGUAUCCUGUGUCCCGGAGUAGUUGUUUGACCAAACUGAUGAACAUCUGGUCCACUGAUUGGAUUCAUAGAUCCAUAUACGACGGUAAAGUAUCAUCAUCUUUUGCAUUCCUAUCACUGUUGGCCAUGUCACCGCAAGAAGCCCACAACUUGCAUGUUUCUCCUCUUCUUCGUCGAAGACUGUUAACCCUACAGUCUGAGCACGAGUGGUUAGAGGAAGGGCCCUUUUACUUGGAUUCCUUCUUCGCCGCACACUCUGCUCGUCCUUCGCUGGAGUUGGGUAUCUACCCUUCUUUGCAACGAUUGGACUGCGCCGAAGGCCUACCUGAUCUAUUCUACAUUUCCCGAUCAGCUUGGACUGACACCUGUUUAUCUCGCUCGGAGAUGAAGUGGUAUGUGCCUGCAGCCACAGCGCCGCCCAUAUCGUUAUACUGUACGGAUCGAACUUUCGUGGACCGCCAUUCGCGCAUAUUAGACGGCCCUUUGGAGUCACUCGGAUUGUAUGGCGCUCCGUCGUCGCUACGCGACUCGAUGGACGCCUGCACCACUUUCGAUACACACUUCCCAGGUAUAUCAUGCACGGGUCUGCUUGCGACGUCACCUUCAGACCAGGUCCCACUGUCAACGAUGCAAGUUCCCGAGGCCAAGCGACUCAUCUACGAUUCUGCCAAGCUUGCUCGUUUGGAUACGCUCCUACAGGAACUAAAAGCAGGAGACCAUCGCGUCUUGGUUUACUUUCAAAUGACUCGCAUGAUGGAUUUGAUGGAAGAAUAUCUGAUAUACAGGCAAUACAAGUAUCUCCGUCUUGAUGGAUCGUCUAAACUCGAAGAUAGAAGAGAUAUGGUUAUUGAUUGGCAAACAAAGCCAGACAUCUUCGUUUUCCUGCUGAGCACACGAGCCGGUGGUCUGGGGAUUAACCUUACCGCUGCGGACACUGUGAUUUUUUAUGACCACGACUGGAAUCCUUCCAACGAUGCGCAAGCCAUGGAUCGAGCACAUCGUUUAGGACAAACUCGCCAAGUCACUGUGUACCGUCUCAUAACUAAAGGGACCAUAGACGAACGGAUCAUUCAACUCGCUCGGGUGAAAAAAGAUGUUCAAGACAUUGUCGUUGGUAACAAAAACCUCACGGAUGUUGCCAAGCCUAGCGAAAUUGUUCAGCUUUUAUUGAACGACGAACAGUUCGCUGGUCUGGAUACUUCUGCUACGGCAGACCUCUCUUCGGAAAGACCUACCAAUGGUUCUACCGAACCUAUCCGUGAUCUCUGGGAUGAAGAAGGGGAUGAUGACUUUUUCGGUCAUUCUAAUUCUGCUGUAGCUAACGGUGGCCGUAGAGGUGGCAAGAGAAAAGCAGGCAUCGAUCAUGCCAGCACGCCUGUUUUAGAUUACUACUGAUGCCAUCAGGCAUUGGAUAACAUGCGUACCAUGUCGUACAUUGGUUCUACUGUUCUCUCUUCUCUUCGUAUCCAUUGUAGAUUAUCUCGGCACUUUCUAGUUUAUCCUUACUGUAUAAUAGAGGAACGUCUUUAAUUGGCCGGCAACGGAGCAAAAAUGAUUCCGAAGCGGUGCGGGCC